GUUUGCCCAGACAGUGUCAGAUGACAUCACUGUCUGUAAUUGUGUGUGUGUGUGUGAGUAGGAGGGGGCGGGACUCCUCACACUAUAAUAAGGCAACACUUUCAUUCACUCUUUCAGACUUUAACAGCAGCAGAAAAGAGAGAGUGAAGCUCAAACAUCAAACAUCACAGACCUUCUACAAAAACAACCAACCACAAGGAUGCAUUGUGUGUACGUGUUCCUGUUGCUGACCCUGAGCAGAGCGGCGCUGGGCUCCCUCCAGGACAAACAGACUGAUUUCGGCCUGAAGGUCUUCUUGCAGCUGAGUCAGGACUCCGCCCACACAAACAUGGCCUUCUCCCCGUACGGUGCCGCCUCCGUUCUGUCCAUGGCUCAGCUCGGUGCUGCCGGAAACACCCGCAAGGCCUUGACCUCUGCCAUGGGCUUCUCUCUGAAAGAAAGAGGGAUGUCACGGCAGCAGAGACUCCUGCAGCGGGAUGUGUCCAGCGAGGAAGGCGUGGAGAUCGCCAGCGGGGUGAUGGUGGAGAGGAAGAUGAGCCUGGAGAAAGGAUUCAGACGAGCUCUGGCCAAGGCCUUCCAGGCGCACCCUCACCAGGUGGACUUUACCAAACCAGACCAGGCACUCGGCAUCAUCAACUCAUGGGUGUCGGACCACACUGCAGGUGCUAUUCCUGAGUUCUUGACAUCUGGAUCUCUCUCUGAUGAGACCCGCCUGGUCCUCCUCAAUGCUCUCCACUUCCAGGCCCUUUGGAAAGUCCCCUUUGACCCCAGACUGACCCAGGAGAGGAUGUUCCACUGUGCCAACGGCAGCACAGUGCCGGUGCACAUGAUGAGACUCACCAACUACUACAACUACGGUGAGUUUGUCUCUUCUGACGGAGUGGACUAUGACGUCAUCGAGGUCCCAUACGAGGGCGACUCGCUGAGCAUGCUCCUGGUGUCGCCCUUCGAACCCGAGGUUCCCCUGAGCGCGCUCGGUGCAGAUCUGAGCGCGCAGCGGAUCCAUCAGUGGAGAGCAGAGUUGAGGAGAGUGAAGAGGCAGCUGGCCAUGCCCAGGUUUACUCUGAACUCGGAGGUGAAUAUGAAGACUGCGCUCAUCAACAUGGGUCUCGGAGACAUGUUCAACCUGGCCAGUGCCGACUUCACGCGCAUCACCACUGAGGAAAGACUCUGUGUGUCGAAGGUCCUGCAGAGAGUCAAGAUCGAGGUGAACGAGCGAGGAACUAAGGGAGCAGCAGCAACAGCUGCUGUCAUGUUUUCACGUAUGGCGGUGGAGGAGAUCACUCUGGACCGACCCUUCCUCUUCCUCAUCCAGCACAAACACACAGGUGCUCUUCUCUUCAUGGGUCAGUACAACCAGCCGCAGCAGCAGUAACUGUGAAGAGCUGCCUUCAUUGCAGCUGACCACCACCAUCAUCAUCAUUAUAAUCAUUAUUCUUCAACACUGGGGCUAAAGACAUGGAUAUUGGACACGGGGCAGACUGACUCUACAUGUUUAUUUAUUUGUCUGAACGUUUGUGGUGGACAUAUGAAGGACAGUGAACAGAUGAGGUAGUUUAUUGUUGUUGGACACAACAGACACUGAUGCACUUCACACAGAGGGACACGAUGACGGCUGCUUUCUAAGAGUUGUGUUAACUCUAUUUUCUGUAUUGUUAUGUUGCAUUUAUAUAUUUUGUUGCUGUAGUUGUAUUUAUUAAAAGUCUAUGUUUUUACAAAACC